CUGCCGAGCCUUGUGCCUCCGCCAUAUUGUCUGUGUGAGGCCGGUGGGGAGGGAGGCCAGAGCGGCGGUCGCUUCAGCUUCACUGGGAGUGUGCUCUUGCCCCUGAAGCUGUGGUUGGCCAGUCUCUUCACAGCUCUGUGGAUGGCAGGGGUUUGUGUCCUGAGGAAAGCUCCUAUCAUUGCUCUUCUCACCCCAGCUGAAAAUUGGUUCAAAAUACUUCUGUUGGAAUAGCAAGUUAUAUCACUGUUGCUCAAGCACGUGUUGUUUUUUUUAAAGAGGACCGAUUGGUGGGAAAAACCAAAGGCCCAUCCAAGGUCUUCACCCUGUGUCGGGUUUUGAGAUCAGAGGCUACUAGAACUCUAAACACCUAAUAUAACCCCACCCAGCAACCUGUCCGACAUGUCAGGACCCGUGCCAAGCAGGGCCAGAGUUUACACUGACGUAAACACGCACAGACCCCGAGAGUACUGGGACUAUGAGUCACAUGUUGUCGAAUGGGGAAAUCAAGAUGACUACCAGCUAGUUCGGAAAUUAGGCCGGGGCAAAUACAGCGAAGUGUUUGAAGCCAUCAACAUCACAAAUAAUGAAAAAGUAGUAGUUAAAAUCCUCAAGCCAGUAAAAAAGAAGAAAAUCAAGCGUGAAAUCAAGAUCUUAGAGAACUUGCGAGGUGGUCCCAAUAUAAUCACCCUUGCAGACAUCGUAAAAGACCCUGUGUCCCGGACCCCUGCUUUGGUUUUUGAACAUGUAAACAACACAGACUUUAAGCAAUUGUACCAGACAUUAACAGACUAUGAUAUUAGGUUCUAUAUGUAUGAGAUUUUGAAGGCUUUAGAUUACUGUCAUAGCAUGGGGAUCAUGCACAGAGAUGUCAAACCCCACAACGUCAUGAUUGACCAUGAGCACAGAAAGCUGAGGCUAAUAGACUGGGGUCUGGCUGAAUUCUAUCAUCCUGGCCAGGAGUACAAUGUCAGAGUGGCUUCCCGAUACUUCAAAGGACCUGAACUCCUUGUAGAUUAUCAGAUGUAUGACUAUAGUUUGGAUAUGUGGAGCUUGGGUUGCAUGUUGGCCAGUAUGAUCUUCCGAAAGGAACCAUUUUUCCAUGGCCAUGACAAUUAUGAUCAGUUGGUGAGGAUAGCCAAGGUGCUGGGGACAGAAGAUCUAUAUGACUACAUCGACAAAUACAACAUUGAGCUGGAUCCACGCUUCAAUGACAUCUUGGGCAGGCACUCCCGUAAGCGAUGGGAGCGCUUUGUUCACAGUGAGAACCAACACUUGGUGAGCCCAGAAGCUCUGGAUUUCUUAGACAAAUUGCUGCGGUAUGAUCACCAGUCACGACUCACAGCAAGAGAAGCCAUGGAACACCCCUACUUCUAUCCCAUUGUGAAGGACCAGGCUCGGAUGGGUUCAUCCAGCAUGCCAGGUGGCAGCACUCCUGUCAGCAGCGCAAGUAUGAUGUCAGGGAUCUCUUCAGUGCCAACACCUUCGCCCCUUGGACCUCUAGCAGGCUCACCCGUGAUUUCUGCCACCAAUACUCUGGGGAUGCCAGUUCCGGCUGCUGCAGGAGCUCAGCAGUAGUGAUGGGUUUUGUCUCCAAAUGCCUGAGCUGAGUCAGGUGGGGAAGAGGUUCCCCCUCUACCUAUCCCCAGGCUGCAGCUUGCACCUGGCAGGGGAAGGGAGGGGAUGGAACACUUUGGAGGCACCGUGUCUGAACAGUUGCUUGUGGAUUUAUAGUAGUUCAGUCAUUAUAUAAAAAAAAUUAUUAUAGGCUGAUUUUUUUUCUUUUUUUUUUUUUACUUGAACUUUUCAUAACUCAGGGGAAUCCCUGAAAAUACUGCAGAUGGAAUAUUUCUCGGACAAUUUUUUUCCCAAACUCCUCAUCACUUGAGAACAAAGAUGAACCAACUACGUUUCCAGGCCGUUGUAUCCUGCUGGAAAUCUCUUCUCUUCAUAGUCCCACCAUUACUCCUCCACCAGCUCACACUGUGAGGAGAUUGUCUUGUGCUUUUCUCUGGAGUCUGCCAGACCAAAUCUUCACAAGGCAGUGGGAGGGGGAUUCUUAAAGUACCAGUCACUUUAACACCAUAUUCUGCAUAUGACUCAACUGGGGUACAUUGAGGAGACAACUUCAGUUUGUAGAGAUGGUAAAAACUUAUAAGAAAUAAGCGCAGAUAAGGCCUAAAACCCUAUUCUGUCCUGUAUGAAUCAUGUCUCUCUAGGAGCUAACCAGAGCGGCGACUCUCUCCCUUGCAUGUAAUUUUAGUCUUAAAGCAUAAAGUUACUGAUCCAGUUGACGUUCUUGCCAUCUCCUGUUGAAGGUGCUUCAGUAGGGUAAACUGUACUCUAAUCAGUACCUUUUCCACAUAAGGUUCUUCCGGCCAGUCCCUUGGCUUGGAAUUCUGGAAUUAAUUUGUUACUGGGUAUAUUGUUUUUUUUAAAUUGUUUAUACGGAUUUCAAAAUGGUGGCUACUUAAAGAGCUGGAAAAUCAGACUGCGCCAAGUCACAUAUUGAGUCAUCACCCAGCACCCCCACCCUCAUGUGCCAUGUGGUGAGAAUACUGGUUACCUCACAGUCUUGUAAAUAUGCACUGAGAGGAAGAAGCGAGUAGACUAACUUAAACUGAAAUGGUAGACCUGUAAUUGUGGACAGAUAUUACUAUUGAUGACAAAGCACCCUUGUUACAGCCUUGCUACCCUUUGCUGUGUAUAUAUACUUUGUCCUUCAUAUGUGAAAGAUCCAGUGUUGGAAUUCUUUGGUGUAAAUAAACAUUUGGUUUUAUUUAUCAA